CAUCAGGAGGGAGGAGGGAAGGGCGAGGAGGGAGGAGGGAGGAGGGAGGAGGAAGGACAUGUGCUGCGCCUUGCGGCCCACCGGUAGACUGGGACCCUACGAGGAGGAGGAGGAGGAGGAGGAGGAGGAAAAAGAGGAGGAAGGGGAGGUGAAGGAAGAGGAGGAGGAGCGGGAGAGUGAGGAGAAGGAUGAGGAGGAGGAGGAGGAGGAGAGCGAAGGGAAGGAAGAGGAAGAGGAGGAGGAAGAGGAGGAAGAGGAGGAGGAAGAAGAGGAGGAGGAGGAAGAGGAGGAGGAGGAAGAGGAGGGGGGGGAGGAGAUGGGGAAGAGGAGAUGAAGAGCGAAGGGAAGGAUGAGGGAAGAAGAGGAGGAAGAGGAGGAGGGAGAGGAGAGGGAAGAUGAGGAGGAGAUGGAGGGCGAGGAGGGCGAGGAGGGGGAGGAGAGGAAAAGAGAGGAAAAAAGAGAAGGAGAGAGGAGGAUGAGCGGAGGAGAGAGGAGGAGAGAGGAGGAUAAGAGGAGGAUGAGAGGAGGGAGAGGAUCACGCUUGGGCAGAUCCGCCUAAGCAGUCCUCAAGAGUGAACUCCCAAGUCUGUGUUUGCAACCGAAAAAAAACAAAAAAACAAAAAAAAGAAACCAAA